AACAACAAAGUGGAGUCGACCACAGAAAGUGAAUUCUCAUCGCCCUCAUCAUCAUCACCAUCACCAGCAUCAUCGCCGUCUACGACGACGGCCAGCGCCACAAUAUCACCUUCGUCAUCGGAUCACUGGCACACGGAAGCAGGCAGUUUGGAACACGCUCUUCAGGACAAGACAUCAGCGAACUCUUCAGACAUUGGGAAUAUUGAGGCAAACGAAUCGCAGUCCACCGAGACAGGGUUGCCAAACAGAAACACGACGGAGAAAGCAAAUCUGGUGCUGAUACAGCAGCCUUUGGGGCCGCUCAAGGCAACCGCGUCAGCGAGUGGCGUUGGUGGCGGAGAUGAGAGCAACGUAACCACAACCAUAACGACGGCUGCUAACAGUGAAGUUUUGUCGACGGCAGCAGCCAGUGGCGGACUGAUUAGCAGCAAAGUUCCCUCAAUUUCGAUAUUUCCCUUGCCCGCCACCACAACGGUGCGCUCAAUUUCCACCGCGAAUAAGGCCACUUCCCCUCCGUUGGCCUUUAUUACGUCCACCGCUGGAGCGAAGACGACCACACUGGUGAGGAGUGUUCCCAGUUUGGUUUUGCAGUCGCAAAGACCGCAGCAACAACACCAAUACCAGCAGACCGACAAAUGCACAAUUUUGAAAUUCGAUGUCGUCCGUAAGUCAACCAAUCUCCUCUCCUCAUCGACGGCGACAUCUUCGGCAUCCGUGACACCGCAUGCGGUUGCUGUGACUGCCUCCUCGUCAUCUUCCGCAACGGCGCUGGGCAGUGAGACCACACUUGUCAUUCCCAGCUCUGCUGUUCACAUCACCAAUCAGCAAGAUCUCGAUGAACUCGACGAUCUUUCUCAACGCCAGCAAUUGCAGCAGCAGCAACACCAACAACAGUCACACAUUAUCUCCAAUCAGCCCAUCAUAGUAAAAAUCGAACCAACCCAGGCAUUUCACAUUGUCGACGAAAACGACACCAGAGUCCUUAGCCUGCCGCUAACCGAUAGCGAUAAGGUGGGGGCAAGUUGGAUUGAUCUAAAGGACAUUGCUGGCCUGCAAACGGCUUCGGGGACCACACUCCUGGACGUUUGCUUUGAGCCGGUGCCACCACUCACGGCCACCAGCAACUCAUCGGUAACAACAGUCUCCCCAAUGACCGUGGACAUUCCAACGGAUAUUCUGGUCAAGCGGCAAACUGUCUCCAAAGCCAUACUGUCUUCAGCGUCGGCCGGGUCCGCCUCGCCAGGGCCCGUCUCAGCGCCAACAUCAUCGGCAGUGGCAUUGGCCACAAAAGCCGUUUCCACAGUUACAUCAGUGGCAUCAACGUCCCGCGAAUCAUCAUACACUGCAGGACACAGCACCAGCGGAGCAAUGACAGUGAAGAAGAGAAAAAAACGAAGUUUUGGAAACAUUUUGAACUUUCUUUAAAACAUUUCUUUGCCAAAGAAAUCUAUUUUUUGUUUCGAACACAAUGGGAUCUUUUAUAAAUGCCGGGAAUAAUGCGAUGUCAAAGACUAACAAAUGGCACUUGAGGCCUUCCAGUUGGGCCUGAGUCUGAGCAAA